AUGGGCACGUCCUGCGCCUUCCACGGCGCGAUGGCCCUGGCGGGGCCCUUCGUGGUGCCCCUGCCGGAGGGCUGCUUCGCGCACCCGUGCCUCGUCUGGCCGAUCCUCCAGGACAUCCUGGUGGUCCCCCUGCAGCUCACCGCCUUGUGGUCGAAGACCCAGUCCGACCUGAGGAGCAUGGCGCCCGCGGCUGCGUGGGCUACCGUGAAGACCGCAGGCGCCAUCGUCAUGAUGACGGUCCCCGCGUACCAGGUGUACGGCCUGGGGGCCAGCUUCGCGGGCCUCGUGAUGCUGUCCAAGGAGCUGUGCAACCUGGACGUCAGCGCGAGCCCGCAGGCGGUCCAGGAUCGGGUGAUGGGCACCGGGGACCUGCUCAUCAUGGGUUGGGGGACGAUUUUCCUCGUGGAGAGCCUGGUCUUGACGGGCAUUGCGCCCGACGAAACGAUCCUGAGAAUAUUUGCCGUUCUUGACCUGCUGUCCAAGUUCGGCCCGGGUCACCUCCUGACGAAGUAG